AUGACGAACCUUCGACCGUUGAAACUGGUGUCCUUCCUUCCACGGAAACCCCUCAGCCUGAUGAUCCCUCUAAUUGAGUCUCAAUUCAGUGUAGAAGAAAGUAGAAAUGUUCUCCAGCAGAAACGCAGGAAAAUGCAGACAGACCUUGCAGAGGACCAGGAGCAGGCUAUGGUUGAAUGGCUCAGCGCACAUCCAAUCCUUUACAACAAAAAGCUAAAGGGGUAUAAAGAAACCCAGAAGAAAGAAUAUCUCUGGAGGGAACAGGCUAAUCUGCUUGGUAAAGACGUUGAUAUCAUCAAAACCUGGUACAGUAGCAUUCGGACAAGGUAUGGGCGGCUGAAGAAAACGCGAUCCGGUGCUCCAGAUGAGGAACUAACAGAAAGGGACAGUUGGAUCCUGCGUGAGUUUGGUUUCCUGUAG